AUGGAUGAGGAAUAUGAUGAUGGCGAUAUCUUUCCACCUUGGGACCAACUGAUACCUGAAGUACUAGUAUUAAUCUUCAAUAAGUUGUCAUUGCUUGAAAAAUUAAUCGAAAUUCCACUAGUUUGUAAAUCAUGGAACAGAGUUGUUACUGCGCCUGACUGCUGGCAAGAUAUUGACUUCGAAGACACAUUUUUUUAUUUUAAAAAUUUGUAUGGUGUUUUUGAAGACUUUGAUCUCAUGAACACAAUACUUCAAACGACGGUGAGGAGAAGUUUAGGCCAACUUCGAUCGCUUAAUGCUAGAUACAUAGUUGAUGACAAUACAUUUUCCAUAAUUGCUGAACAUGCACAAUGUCUUGGUACACUGAAGCUGCCAUCUCUUUGGAUAGAAAGUUCCACCAUAGAAGAUGCUGCUGAGAUGUUAUCCACCGUUACUCAUUUGGAUAUAAGCUACAAUGGUUAUUUUGAAUUGAAAGUCGAAGCUAUUAAGGCUAUUGGGUAUCACUGUAAGAGUCUAGAAUGGUUUAAUAUGAACAUGAGUGUAGAUUCCUGUUUGGAAGAUUCCCUCUUAGACGAGCAGGCUUUCGCCAUAGCUUCCACAAUGCCAAAAUUAAAGCACCUGGAAAUUGAUUUUAUGAUCAUUGGUCCUGAAGGUCUACUCAAGAUACUCUCCUGCUGCACUCAACUUGAACAUUUGAAUAUCAGGGGUUGUUUCUUACUAAAUGACUGUGGUCAGUAUUUUGAGAAAUUCUCUGAUUUGAAGGUUGUCGGUCCUCAGUUAGAUACUUGA